ACCGGGAGCGACGCGGUGGACUUGGAGGCGGUAACAGUGAAGCGACGCGACCUUAAAUCACAUGCUGACAUAACAAGACCGCUACUCUCCACCCAUAUCCGAAAGGAGUCUGUUAAGAGGAGUCUCACCUUCCCAGGCUCUUAUCACCGAGAGAGACACCGGUGCGCCUACACACGCGCAGGUAUCUCGGGACUUCACCGUUGCUCCUUAUUGGCAAGGAGUCGCCGGUUCGGUGCGUAACGUUGCGCGCUGGACACGCACGUGCCUGCCAGGGACUUUACUGAGAACAAUAUCUGCGGAUAACCAAGUGUUUGGAUCUAUUUAAGAGCUUUACCACUGCCCGGGUUUACUUUACAUGCCAAAGCUGGGGCAACAGACUGGAACACAACGGACUUUUUCGCGAAGCUUUACAGUUUUCGCCACGAUAAUUGGUUAUCGGAUGGACCAGCAUCCCAGCGCCCGGAGCUGCACCAGUCGCGGGGCUUCGUCCUGCGAGGCCGUCCCGACCGAACCCUCCAUGAAUCUUUACAUCCACUCCACCACCGGCACACGCUACGAGCUCUCACUGCCCCUGGAGGAGACCGUGGAGGGACUGAAGAGGAGGCUGUCGCAAAGACUCAAAGUACCAAAAGAGAGACUCGCUCUGCUACACAAAGAAACGCGUUUAAGUUCAGGCAAACUCCAGGAUCUGGGCAUCUCUGAUGGGAGCAAGUUAACACUUGUACCAACAGUUGAAGCAGGAUUAAUGUCUCAAGCAUCAAGACCAGAACAGUCAGUAAUGCAGGCCCUGGAGAGCCUAACAGAAACUCAGGUCAGUGACUUCCUGUCUGGCCGAUCCCCCCUCACCCUGGCCCUGCGUGUAGGUGAUCACAUGAUGUUUGUCCAGCUACAGCUGGCAGCGCAGCAGUCUGGUGGUCCCCAGCUCCAGCACAGGCACCUCAUCACCCGGGGCAACGCAGAGGCCGCCAUGGGACAGCACACCGGGCAGCCCCGUGUUCCCCACCCUCACGCACACUCCCACCAUCAUCCACACAGUCACCCCAGCUCCCACUUGUCCCAGCCUCACCCUGUCCCGUCCUCCCCCUCCUCCCCAGGCUCCCCUUCCUUCCCCCUGCCCUCCACGCACCACCAGCCUCUCCCGCCCAUGUACCACCAGUCGCCCUCUGCUCACUGUAGCCCCCCUACUCCUCCUCCGCAGCCCCACUCCCCUCGCCCGUCCCACAUCCCUGCGAGUCUUUUCCGCUCUCCGGCCCAUCACCAUCACCACCACCACCACCACCACUACCAGCCUUCCUCAAGCCAACCCAGCCCCGACGUCGCCCAGGUCAGCCCUGUAGCCCCGGUCCUCUGCCCUGAGGCUAAUUGCAGCACCAAUAGUCCGAACAGUGGUACAAGUUCCUCGUCUCGCUCCCGCAAACCCGGUGCCAUCAUUGAGAGCUUUGUGAACCAUGCUCCCGGAGUCUUCUCAGGGACCUUUUCAGGCACUUUGCACCCUAACUGCCAGGACAGCAAUGGCCGUCCCAGACGAGAUAUUGGUACCAUCCUGCAAAUCCUCAAUGACCUCCUGAGCGCCACACGCCACUACCAGGGCAUGCCCCCUUCCCUCACCCAGCUCCGCUACCAGGCCCAGUGUGGUUCGCCCACCUCACCAUCCCCCUCUCCUCCUCCUUCGCCCCCGGUUGCUGGAAUGACGGGCCUCUCUGCCAAAGCUACCUCUGUGCCCGCCAGCAGCCCCAGCAGCCCUCCACCGACUCUUCAUCCACUGGUGCAGUGCCAGAGUCAGAUCCGCAUGUGCAAACCCUCUGGUGACCGCAUCCGUCAGACCGAGAACCGUGCAACUCGCUGUAAGGUGGAGCGUCUGCAGCUGCUGAUGCAGCAGAAGCGUCUGCGCAGGAAGGCCAGGCGGGACCAACGCGCCCCUUAUCAGUGGCUGCCCAACCGCAAGGCCGGACGCAGCAACAGCAACAGCAGCAUGUCCAGCGAGGGCUCCCUGGACCUGGACUUUGACGACUCGGUGUGGAAGCCCGACGUCAAGGCCGACUUGAAGUCCGAGUACGUCAUGGCCUGAGCCGCCCUGCUCUCACAGAUUCAAAGAUUGUGCGAAACUCUGCUCGAGAUUUACUUAGAAAUAUAUUUUGAGGGAGUGGACGCAGGAGGUGACACAUAGCUGUGCGGAAAGGAAGUCGAAGUUAUCCUUGAGACUGUCUGGCACACGAAAAAAAAAAAAAGACUCCCAGCAGACUUUAUUCUGCCCUUCACAGUUGACCUUGUGAAAAACGGCAACAAUGGCAAAAGAACCUUGUUGUGAUGCUUGAAUCGCACGGGCAACAACUGGACUUAACAGUGUGUAAGACCGUUUGAGGGUUUGAUUACAGAGACAUGAACGUGAGCAUAGCAGAAUUCAGUGGGUAGUGGUGGUGGUAUUCGUCAGAUUUUUUUUUUUCUAAGUUUUAUUUGUUUGUUUGUUUGUUUUUUUAAGUGCACUCUGGGCAGAAAUGAAGAGACCCACACUGGACUUAUGAACAGGACAGAAGCACCAGAAGCUUCAGUGUUUCACAAGAAAGGCAGAACUGCCGGACUAUGGAUUAUUCCUACGGGCAUUCUUAUUGAUCUCAAAACUCACCAACCAGAGUCCAGUUUUUACCUGUUACGGGGUGGUUAAACUUUUUUUCUUUUUCCACUUUUAAACAUAUUAUUAUAUUUUAUAAACGAAAAAAAAUAUGUAGCAUUGUUCACAAAGCAUUCAGGUUUUCAUAUAACAGUUCAAAGUAGUUGUUGAUUUGCACAUUUUCUUGAUUCAUAACAGCUGGUCAAAAUGUGCGCGGAGGAGGUGGGGCCUGAAAUGGAAUAAAAAAUGAAUAUGGAAGUAUUGAUAUCAACCUCAGUGACAUAGGGUAUCGAUAGGAAUGAUUAAUGAAUAAACAAAAUAAAUUAAUAUUAACAGAAAGUGCUUUAGAGGAUUUUAAAAUCUUUAAAAUGUAUAUGGAAAAAAAAAAUCUAUUUUUAUUUCUCUUCCUAUCUGCUGUUUUCAAAAAACAGCAGCCCUCUGUGGCUUUAGUCAAGUCCUUGACUACCAACAAAUAUGUGCAUCCAUUCAAUCAUUUAUUCGCUCAUUCAUGAAUUAUUUCGUCUAGCUACAACAAAUGAUAUGGAAAGAUCAUUUUCAUCCAGCCCGCCUCGUGUCUUACAGACCUGAAUGGACUUGUUGGGGGAUUUCGAGUUUGUGUACAUACAUUUGACAAUUGGCGAAUGUUUAUGAGGGUGUGUUUGAAUUUUACUGUAAAUUGAUUUAGAAUAUUCCAUGUUCUUCAUUUGUCCGGUUGUCUUCUCCCUAAAAAAAAUAAAUAAAUAAAAAGUUUCAUGAAUAUCGACUACAGUGAACGCGUGGGUCACCGCAAAAGAAUAAAAAGGCAAAUUCAAAGUUGGUUCCCAGUUCUAGGCCCGUUUGAUGUGUAUCCUAAUCACAAGCCCUCUUAACGAUGACUCUAUUUUUUUACUGGCAAAGAGGGAGAAGAAGUGGGAUCUUUAUCCAGCAUCAUUAUCUAGUGCCUCCACCAGUACAUCCAUUGACAUAUCAGGUUAGGCCUUUCACAGUUUUGCUGCUACACAAGGGGGCUUACAAUGGAAAAAAAAAAAAAAAAGGCAGAGGGGAAAAGUGACUUUUCUUUGCAUGCAGAAGUGUGAAAUUAUACAGAUCUUUUUCUAUUGAUGGAAGAAAAAAAAAAACAAGAAACCGUUGCUGUGGGAAUGAAGGUUAACAACAUGCAUGAAUUUGUGAAGAAAAUAAACAAUGCUGCUUUUGUUGGUUAGGUUUUUUUUUUUUUUUUUUUUGUAACUUUUGUUUCUAAAUGUUUUAGAACAACUGCUAAAAGUAUUACGACGUAAAAACCAAAACAGAUGAAGUGAAGUGUGGACUCUGGACGUUGUUGCUCAGCGCUGAACAUUCCUGUUGUGUGACAAUGAAGAUGAUGAUGAUGAUGAGCAACUGACUCUCUUUACUCCCCAAACACUGGUUUCAACCCCCCCGCCUGCCCCCACCCCCCAUAUGUCUCAAGGACCCAGACAGCCUACAAACUGUUAAACCCUCCCCCCUCCCAUCCCCUUUUCUCCUCCCAGCCUGAACUCCCAAAAGAGGCUCAUGUGGACGUAUUCCUGCAGGGAACCAACAGACCAGUGGAUUUACUGUACUGUCCGUCAAACCUACUCGAGAGAAGCAUCUGGUCUGUCUUUUUAUCUGUCUGUCUGUCCGUCUGAUCGACCACCCUACCACGAUUGCACUCCCAGAGAUUGCAGUGAGAGAUUACCUUUUUGGUGAACCUCAUCUUUUUUUUAAGUGGCCUUACCUUUCACUAAAAAAAAUGAGACACUUCGGGACAAUGGGGACGGGAAUGUUGUUGUUUUUUUGUUCUGUUCUGGUUUUUUUUUUUUUUUUUUUUUUUAAUCUCUCCGUGCGUAUCGAUGUCGGACUUGUCAUCACGGCGCCAUUUUUUGUCACUGAGGACACUGGGCAUCUGUUGUUUAGUGCUUUUAGCUGGUGGAGUCUCUAUUAUGUCAAGGCUUCUGUGCCUUAAAAAUGUUGCCCUCGCAGUGUCGGUGUCAGACUUAAGCUUGUUUUUCGUUGGUUGAUACACACGACUGUAUUAUUCACAGCCAUGAGAGUCGUAGAUUUUAGGGGUGAGGCUUGUUUGAGCGAAACAAAGACUAUUCACGAGUAGGUGUUGUUCCUCAAAUAUUGCCUUUGUCCCAUUUCUUCAUUGUGUUGCCAUGCUUGUUGGUCUCUGUUAUUCAAACCUCACGUCCCUCUGAACUUAGUCCCUCCCACCAACAAGCUGCAAAAAGCUACAAAUCUGUGUACUUUCUGUUAGCUGAGGAAGUUCAUGCCACAGUACUUAGAUGGCAAGAAACAGCCCUGAUUCAGAAUAAGAAAAGUCCUGUGAGGACUCCAGACUACAUGCACUUCCCGUUUCCUUGGAUACACCUUUAUUUAAGGACGAUUGAACCCCUGCCCCGCCCAAAUUUUAUUUAAUUUUCUUUUGUAUAUGUAUGAAAUAUACUCUGUGUGUGCCUCACUUCUGUGUGAAACUCAAAAAAAGAUGAAACGUAACAAAAAAGAUGACAAAAGCAUUACAGAGAGGAUUAAAAAAAACAGUAUGUUGGUGGACUUCUGAUCACGUCAUUUAAGUUGCCUGUUCUUUCUUGUAGCCAACUAUUGAAAAUAACAGGAUUCAAGAAUACAAUUUACAAUGUUCUAGCUCUAGACCGGUGUAGCACAUGUGUGACUGUAUUAAUUUAUGAAACCAAAAUGGUAACUGUGAAUUAUGUAUUUUCUUUCUGUGCAUUUUUUUUUUUAAAGAAAAAACGGUGGGGGAGAGCUGGGUUGUUGGGACGCGGCAGCAGCUGACGCUCGUGUCCGAAAAAACGUUUUUUUUUUUAUUUUAUUUUUGUUUGUUCGUUUGUUUUGUUUUUGGUGGAGUAUAAUGGAAACGAAACACGUUUCCAAAAAAGAAAAAAAUGUAAAAAAAAAAAAAAAUAACAAAACAAAAACAAAAAAAUAUAUGAAUAUAUUUUUUUUUUCUUAAGCAAUACAUUUCAGUGUGACUUGUGAUAGAACAUUUUCUUUUUUUAGGUAAUAAAUAAAUAAAAAAACAAAAUGAGUACAUCA